UUAAACUACAUCGAUUCUACCGAAUAAACAUCGAUUUUUGCUCCAGCUCUAGUACGUACUACGUGUAAUUAUCGAAUAGCCAAUCUCGAUGGCAAGGCAAACAACUUCGUUCGGCUAAAAUAACUCGGCUAAAUUUCAGCGUCGACGAAAGCAAGUCAAUAUUUUCGGAAAGCGAAGCAGAGCUCCACCGAUACCAAGUGAUACCUUUUCCGAGAGCUACGGCAUUUUAUGUUAAGUUGAGGGGCAAGCAGAGAUCUCGACCAAAAUUAACAUAUUCUUGGAAUCCAUCAGCCAGCUGGCGGCCCUGGCGACCUCAAGCGGCAUCAUGCAGCUUCUCUUGUCCUCCGUUUGCAUGGCGCUGACCAGCGCGGUGAUCGGGAACGCUUAUUACCAGAAGCAGCAGUUCUAUCCGGCGGUGGUCUACAUAACGAAGUCGAACUCCUCCAUGGCGGUCAUCUACAUACAGUUUUUAGUGAUUGUAUUAAUGUUUGGCAAGCUGCUGCGCAAGAUCUUCCUGGGCACGCUUCGCGCCGCCGAAUUCGAGCAUCUGUUGGAGCGCUUUUGGUACGCGCUCACGGAAACCUGCUUGGCGUUCACUGUGUUCCGAGAUGACUUUAAUCCGCGCUUUGUGGCCCUGUUCACAGUUUUGCUAUUUCUUAAAUCAUUCCACUGGCUGGCCGAGGAGCGGGUAGACUUUAUGGAGCGCUCGCCCGUACUCGGCUGGCUUUUCCACAUUCGUGUGGGCAGCCUGCUCACAAUGCUGGGCAUCUUGGACUACGUUUUGUUGAUCCACGCCUACAACUCGACUUUGGUGCGCGGGCCCACCGUGCAACUGGUCUUUGGGUUCGAAUACGCCAUUCUUUUAACCGUAAUAGCCAGCACGGCCAUCAAGUACGUGUUGCACGCCGCCGAAAUGCGCACGGACACGCCCUGGGAAAACAAGGCGGUGUUCUUACUAUACACGGAACUGGUCAUCGGGCUUAUUAAGGUAGUGCUCUACAUACUGUUCGUGGUGAUUAUGGCCAAGAUUUACGCGCUGCCUAUGUUCGUGUUCCGGCCUAUGUUCUUCACCAUACGAAACUUCCGCAAAGCGCUGAACGAUGUGAUCAUGUCGCGGCGUGCGAUUCGAAACAUGAACACCCUCUAUCCGGACGCCACGCCCGAGGAGCUGCGCCAGUCUGACAAUAUCUGCAUCAUCUGCCGCGAGGACAUGGUCAACCAUUCGAAAAAGCUGCCCUGCGGUCACAUCUUUCACACAACGUGCCUACGCUCGUGGUUCCAGCGCCAGCAGACCUGCCCCACCUGCCGCCUGAACAUUCUGCGCACGCCGGCAGUAAACUCCACGGCAAUGCCGCGCGCAGGAGAUGAAGCUGCUGCCGGGAACGCCGCUCCCGCUGCAGCAGGAGCCCAGCCGACUGGUGGAGUGCCUGCUCCAGCUCCCGGUGCUGGAGUGGAUGGAAACCCGGCACGCGCCAACGGUCCGAUGGCCGGAAGUCCAGCACUGCCGCCCAGCAUUGCAGAUCUUAUUGGUGAUGCCACCGGCUUGCCCAACGGAUUGCCCAAUCUGGCUGGUCUCUCGGUACCUCCGCCCCCAGUUAUGCCCCUGCUGUCGCCUUUCAUGAUGCCGCCACAAUUUGGCCUCUUCUCACCCCUUCCGCCGCCGCCAAUCCCACUAGACCUGACCAAAUUCACCGACGAAGAGCUGCGUGCCAUGGAGGGUCACCAACGAGAGCAGAUCGAGCAACGCCUGAAAUUGCUGCAGAACAUAAACCUUAUGCUGGAUUCGGCGGCGAUAAUGAUGUCCCAGUACCAGAGUUUGGCAUCGCGAUUGCAGUUGACUUCAGUGCCGCCAGUUCCCUCGGCAGCUGGAUCUGCCACAGCUCCACCGAACGUGCACGGAGCUUCAGGAUCUAGCGUGUAUGACAAGCCCAGUACAUCGGCCAAGGCGAUGGCCCAGCUGGAGGCUCAUCAGCUACACCCCGCGGGAGCAGAUGCACUGCCCGUGGAGAAGGUAACCAUUGAGGAUCUUGGCGCUGACGCAGACGAGGACGACGUGCCAUCGACUGCCACGGAGGCGGUCAGCCUGCCCAGCUCCGAUGCUGACUUCGAGGAAAACUCAUCUGAGUUGGGCGAGUUGAGAAAGCGCCGCUUGAAGUUCCUGGAGGAACGCAACAAGUCGGCAAGCGGCAACGAACGCACGACAGUGGACUAGGCGCUUCCAAUAUGGCAGACUUAACUCCAAGUGACGACAGCGAAAUCCCUCAUCACACAGAAAACAAACGAAACGUGCUUGCGUUAAUCACAAUUUUCUAUUCUUUUGGCUGGUAUUGAUUGUUCAAAAUCCGCGUCUCAUCCGCUUCACCCUGUCACUGACUUUUAUUCUUUUCUACGGCUUGCGAUAUGGAAAUAAUACGACGAUGGCGACAAAGACGACUAUGAUGCCCCAAACUCACACACUGAAGCGCUGCCGCCCAGUAAAGCGGCGUGUGGAACGAAGGAUCUGAACGUGAGAUUUGUGGCAUCGAAAUUCAAUAUGUAGUAAUACGUAUUGUGUAAAAACUAUUUUAGAGAUGGGAAACUGAUGAUUUGUAUUUAAUAUUACUAUAUGUGUAUAAUUAAUGUGAAAUAUAAUUAAAACGAAAA